CCGACGCGCGCAGUGCGAGAACGCCGAGCCGCCGCCGCCCCGCCAUCCCGCGCUUCUCUCGCCAUCGCCAGGAAGCAGCAGCCCACCCCAAGCCUCCGCGCGUGCAGAUUUGUGUAGCUCGUCACGAUGGCUCGUCAUGAGAACCCCUUCGACAUGCAGAUCAAGCUGCUGAUGAUCGGCGACAGCGGUGUCGGAAAGACGUGCUUGCUGCUGCGCUACGCGAACGACUCGUUCUCCCCGACGUUUAUCACGACCAUCGGCAUCGACUUCAAGAUCAAGAACAUAGAGCUGGACAACAAGAAGGUGAAGCUGCAGAUCUGGGACACAGCUGGCCAGGAGCGCUUCCGCACCAUUACGACGUCGUACUUCCGCGGCGCGCAGGGUAUUUUAUUGGUGUAUGACGUCACGGACCGCGCGUCCUUCCAGAGCAUCCGCAACUGGGUGGGUCAGAUCCAGCAGCAUGCUGACGUGCACGUGAACAAGAUCCUCAUCGGCAACAAGUGCGAUAUGACGGACGACAAGGUCGUAAGCACGGAAGAGGGCCAGGCAUUAGCGGACGAGUACGGCGUCAAGUUCUUCGAGACGAGUGCGAAGAACAAUAUCAACGUGGAGGGCGGCUUCAUCGAAAUCGCGCGCGAAGUGAAGAACAGGCUCAUGGAGGAGGGCGGGCCGCACAAGAAGGACAGCGUCAACCUCAACGCAAAACCGGCACCUGUGAAGAAGGGCUGUUGCUAAGUCUCACAGUCAGUUUGCUUGGGCUCGGCGGCGUCAGAGCUUGGAUAGGUUCGCUCGCUGCUUCUCAACAUAUGCAUCCUGCCUUACUAUAGCUACUACUUCUACUCAACUACUUUUUUCAUCGGUU